CGCUCACAUUAAGUAUAAAGCAUUAUUAAACACGCGCUAAUAAAUUGAACAACCACAUCUGCUAGUAUUCAUACAAAUGCUACAGUUCUCAACACAUGGAGUUCCACUGGUGCCCCUGCUGCUGAGAUGCCUGUUCUCGCCUGCAUGCGCUCCCCGAGUCCUCCUGAGAUACGAUUGGCUGACGGCAGGAGCCAAUAGGCAGUGAUGGAGCAGGUUACUUGAACUCUCCUCCAGGAGUUUCAACAGCUACACCCGAGGAACAUUCUCAGAUCUUUGCUCUAUUGUGUCGUUGGUGACUUUUUCUGCUGGGGGGACUGGAGUCCUCUCUCUGAUCUGUGAGGAUUUUCCCAGUGCUUUGAGAACCAAAAGAGAGCAGGCCAGACAUUAGUGGUCUGAUCAGCGUAUUACGGAGUCAGUGGGAAUGUACCGUGUCCACUGAUGCACCUGUUUAUGGGAAGUGCUCCGGGCACCAGAAGAAUGGACCAGCCCGAGAAUCUCCUGCAUUCAGAGGAGGACAGGAGGAGACCGCAGGACGAGGACAGGAGGAGAGCAGAGGAAAGGAGACCAGAAGAGGAUGGAAGGAGGAGAGCAGAGGAGAGGAGAGCAGAGGAGGACAGGAGGAGGAGAGCAGAGAAGGAGAGGAGGAGAGUGCAAGAGGAGAGGACCAGGUUGAUCCAUGUAGAAGCAUCUCGGGGACAAACUGGUUCAGCAGACAGCCAGGCGUCAGACUUGCUGCCGUGCUCAGAGUCACCAGAACAAAGCUCUACUAUAAAGUGCAAGAGACAUGGGUCGCACCUGGGCGGGGUCAAAGUUCGCCACAGGAGACAGGCCCUGCAGGACAUGGCAAGACCCCUGAAACAUUGGCUGUACAAGCACCGGGACAACCCCUACCCAACCAAGACCGAGAAGCUGCUGCUGGCCCUGGGCUCCAACAUGACCCUGGUCCAGGUGUCCAACUGGUUUGCCAACGCGCGGCGACGCCUGAAGAACACGGUGAGGCGGCCGGACCUGAGCUGGGCGCUGAGGAUCAAACUGUACAACCAGUGUAUCCAGGGCAACGCCGAGAAGCUCAGUGUGUGCAGCGACGACUCUGAAGAUGAAGAAUGUCCCUUGGAGACUGCCGUCAGCCAGCAGUGUGACAUCAGCCGGUCCUCGUCCCUGAAACACGAAGAGGACAACCGGCUCCUCCGUCGGGCCGACUCCACCCACAGCGACGGCAGCCUCUCGCCGCCCUCCAAGUACAAGAGCGGCCUGCUGCACCGCUACCUCAGCGACCGCCGGCGGCCGGCGGGCACGCCGCACCCCGCUGACGCUGCCAAGGCCCGGCGCUCGCGGAGCCGCUUGGAGGAAUCGUUCAGCUCCGCCGAGGGCGAGCAGCAGGCGCUCUCUCCCGCCGGCUCCUCGGAGAUGGAGACAGAGUUUGUCUGCCACGUGGACACAACCAACUGUGCCCCCACCCAACGUGAUCUAGAGCAGCAGCGGGGCCGAGGCCAGCAGGAGAGGGAGGGCUGGGGAGAGAUCCACGCUGCCAUGGCUCUGACCAACCUGGCCCAGGGCCAGCAUUUGUGUCUGUCCCCCAGCAUCCCAGGACAGGGCUGCACCGGGGGACCUACCAGCAGCGCAAUUACCAAUAGUGUAGGCAAGGCCUGCACCCUGGGCCCUACUGGAGGCCCGUGGCAGAGCUGCACUGUGGGCUCCAUUAUCAGCGUGGGAAACACCCUCACCAGACGCAUCAUCCAGAAGUCUUCUCACAUCCUUGAAAUCCAGACGGUCAAGCUAGCCCUGGCUAACGGAGUGUAGCAGUUGGUUAGCUUGGCCCAUGCUAACAGCUUUAAGCUGUUGGUCAGGUUCGCCCUCGCUUAUAGCAUUUAGAUGUAUUGUCUCACGUCAAGGUUUAUCAUUUUAUAUACAGGCAGGAAUGGAAAACACUCCUUCUUGCGUCUUGAUUAAUAUUGUUAAUUUCUAUAACAUUAUUAAACUUUGAUAUCUUUAAAUUGUAAAAUGAAAUGUUCUGCAGUUUUAUUUUUCUUCCAUUUCUCUCUGAUGAUGUAAGUUAUAUUAACUUUUCACGAGACUGGAAUGUUAUCCAAUGAUACAUUUAUAC